AUGCAUGAUCCCCUUCCGUGCUGCUCUGCUGCCUCCCUCCCCCUCACUCCCCCUCCAUGCGCACCCCUGCCCCCCCUCUCCCCUCCCCUCCCUCUCCCGGAGCAGGUGCGCAAGCAGCAAGGGAGCAGCGCCAGGCGACUGAUGCAAGGGAGGAGGUUGGAGCAGCGCCGUUGGAGGAGCGCCAAGGCAGCUCAUCACCUUUUGAUGAAGGGUGAAGGCGAGGCGCUUACGCUCACCGGAGCUCCCAAGGCGGGCGUGCGGAGGAGCGCAGAGGAGCAGUGCAGCCUCGAUUCACCUGCUGUGGAAGCCGUGGAAGGUUGA